ACUCUGCUGUUCUGUUAAUCAAUCCCGAUGCCCUUCUCCCGUCUCGCCAUCACCGUCGUGCUGGACGCGACAAGUGGAGGUCCCACCGAGAUCGGGAACGAGGAGAAGUGAAAAACCCAUCUGGGUGCCUGACCGCUGUGUGAGACCAGUUAACACCAGGAAGGAGAAUGAGGAAGGGACUGGGAACAUGAACAUGGCUGCUAACCCUGCUGACAACAACGAUGAAGGCGGGAGAGACGGUGUGGAGUCUGGUAAAAAAAAAAAAAACACCCCAUGCUGAUGCCUGUGGGUCAAGCUAGCACACUAAACCCGUCAGUGUACAGCUCCAACUUCAUGGUGGGUUCAGCCUCCCAGAAUACUCCCACUAAAACCCAUUCGGUGAACAAUACGUUUUGGUUACAGGACAGCCUGUGCUUCAUUCGCACCACCAACACAUCAUGGCUUGACGGUAAUAGUUCCUUCCUGGGACCAUGUCUUGCCCUGUCCAAUUAUUCAUUGGGCGACUUCAACAAUGGAAGCAGCAGCCCGGUUCGAAGGGUUUGAAAAGACAUUAAAUAUAACACAUAAGACACAAGUGCCCAUAAAGAACAGGGCCUGUCUCUUGAGCCCUUUCUUUUUCAUACUGUGGAACCAUACGGGUGACUUGGGGGGGAUGCUUAAUUGCUCUUCCAGCUCUUGUCUCCUUAGCAAUUGCUGGAGAGAAGAAGAAGACUCCACAAUGACAGUGCGGAUCCCAGCUUUCCUGCCCAUUCUGCUGACGGUCAUUAAGAACAGAGAAGAAUUGGUGCUCUACAGGCAGAAAAGGGACUUUGGAAUCACAGCAGCGGUGGUGGCCAUCAUUUCAGCCUGUGCCACAGCAGCCACGGUGGCCGGACUCGCCCUAUCUCAAUCGUCUGCCGCAGCCAGCACCAUUGAUCAGCUGGCUGAGCGAGUCAGCGAGGGCUUGCAAAUGCAGAACACUCUUAAUGCUCAGAUACACAUGGGCAUUCUGAACUUAAACCAACAGACUGCCCUGCUCCAAGAGCAGGUAGAUGCAUUGUGGAAAAUGCAUGACGCCACAUGCUCACAUUUUUCCGUGCCACCUGUGUCACCCCCCUACAGGUGCAAAAUGCCUCUGAACAGCUCCGGGUGCUGAAUACUUGCCUUAGGGGUCCAUGGAAUGUGACAUUUGUAAAUUUCACCAAUCAACUUGCUAAUCAGAUUGUGAGAAUGAGACCAGAGUACCCCCCAUAAGUGGGGAAACAUGGUGGAAUGAUAUGGCUCUGCUGGGAGGUUGGGUACAACGAUGGGCGGGCUCCCUGGCCCUGGCAAUCAUAGGAAUAGGAGUUACUGUUACAGCCUGUUGGGGACUCAAAUAGCUGUAUCGUUCCCAGAGGCAUCACCAGAGGGCCACCACACAGGUAAUGCUCAGCCUUGCCCACCAUCCUAGAGGAGAAGUUCCUCAGGUAUGGCUAAAUAUGCUGCAGGAACGCUAAGGGUGCCCCAAAGAUGGGAAACUUCCCGGUCAGGACGGACCACCUAAGACAGGGUUAGAGGCCUCCCAAAGACAGGUAAGGAUCUGCCCGACCGGGAGGACCUAAGACAGGAGCUCCCUUCAGCAUAAUUUUAAGAGAGGGGGGGAGAUGUCGGGACAAAGGGUCCCUGGCCUCACACUCCCGCCCUGGGGCUUUAGGUAGAGCUGCCUCCUGUGGGAGGCCAAGAGGAAGUACACAAAGUACAGAGGCUUGCUGAGAACAGCCUGACCUCUCAGAGGCCCACACUUCCUGGCAGAGCCAACCGCAAGUUCCACGGAACCAACUGCAAGUUCCACAUUCCCAUGCCCUGAAACAGUAUAAGUAGCUGGGACAAGAGAAAAAUAAAGGCUUGCUUGCUUGCUCCAUGAA